AUGGCUCCUAAAAGCGCUUUGAAGGCAAUCAGGGCGAAUAUAGAUGCAGGAGACUACUUUCAGGCAGCUGUAAAGGCAUCUGAGCUUUGCGUUCAGGAUCCCAAAAAUUACCACGCGCACAUCUUCUUAGGCCUAGCUAGAGAGAAGCUCAACGAGUACGAUGCAUCUGAAACAGCGUAUGAGUCCGCUGUCAAGAUAAAAGAUAGUGACAAGACUGCCUGGCAGGGCCUGAUAGCGCUCUACGAGUCACAGGGACGGAAAAGGUUGGGGGAUUAUGAGACAGCUGUUGAGCGCCUCUGCAAUAUUUUUGCGGAUACUGAGGAGUAUGGUCGAGCUCAUGGAGUGCUGGAAAAGUAUAUCAACUUUGUGAAGUUGCAAGGAUCGAAGCUUCAAUAUAUCCAUGCUCUUCAACUACAGCUACCUACUAGCCCUAUCUACAAGUGUGUGGAGGGGUUGGCCCCUAGACCUUCAGAGACAUAUCUGCGUGUAGCGGAACUUGCUGAGCAGGAAGAGAAAGAGUUCAUCAAUCGUGAGAUAGGGGAGCGUAGGACCAGACUAGGCGCAAGGAUUGACCAGGUUACUACUGAAGUACAACGUGAAGCGUUCAACCGAAGUGUACUCAACGAGCUAUACCAAGGGAUUGUCGAUUGGACGCAUGAUGACGAGACACGCCGUUACUAUGAAGAAAAGCUGCUUCAGAGACAUUAUGACUACCUCCGCGUUCUUCCUCCCAAUGAGAAACUCACAGGCAGAGAAUUGGUUCUGAAGGCGGCGCACGAUAUGGUAAUUAUCAAACACCCGUUCGAGCUGGCUUGGAGAAUCACAUUCGAUUGGACCGACACCGAAGAACUCUCUAGUCUAGAUGUUACUCUGCUUAGGGAUUUCAUCCGCUUGUUUCCCGACCAUGGCCUUAGUAAGAUUCUUAAUGGCUUUCUCUAUACUAACCUUUCCCCAUUUCCUUACCAAAGCCCAUACAAUGAUGUUUAUGGAACGAACACGACCGAUAAACGUGAAGAAGACGCCCAAUAUAUGGUAGCAGAUCAUCUGUUAGUAAUGGCAGAUGGUUUAGACCAAGCGCCUGACUCGGUCUUGGCUCAUCGGAUCAUGGGGGUGGUAUAUUCUCACCUUGGGGAAUUCCAGACGGUUAUCAAGGUCUCUCGGAGUGGUCUGGCCAUUAACUCUACAAUACGGCAUGACACCGGACUUGAACUCCAGAACAUUGAUGACUCAUUGAAUAUCUUGCUUGCUACUGCCCUAAUCCCACAUCAGUCCCCUAGGCAUCACCCGGAAGCUAAAGCCAUAUUUCAAGAUAUACUCUCAAGGAAGCCCCAAGAAGAUAAAUGCCUUCUCGGGCUAGGGCUGAUCCUGGAGGAGAGCCACGACUUUGCUGCCGCUAUAGACUUACUAGUUCAAGCAUUGAUCAGAGAUGAAAAUAAUGUGAAGGUCCGCAGCGAGUUAUUCUGGUGCAAGGUCCAAAACGGAGAACUGACGGCUGCCUUGAAAGGGUUCGAGGAAACCUUGCCUCUGGUUCAGCGCCCAGGUUCACGCUGGCAUAACUUAAGGGCUGAAAUUUUAUACCGCAUCGGUUUUUGUGAGUGGGAACUGGAUCCUUCCCCUUCAGCCAGGAAAAACCGCAAUGGCGCCUACUCCAAGUUUCUUGCCUCCAUUCAGGCCGAUAUGAACUAUGCACCGGCCUAUUCUAGCCUCGGGGUGUAUUAUGCUGAUUACAAGAAGGAUAAGAAGAGAUCCCAGAGAUGUUUUCAUAAAGCUGUGGAACUCUCAUCUUCUGAGAUAUUGGCAGCUGAGCGCUUAGCACGAGAUUUCGCUGCUCAAGGGGACUGGGACCUGGUUGAGGCCAUUGCUCAAAGAGUUGUGGAUUCAGGAAAAGCAAAGCCUUCUCCAGGAUCCAAGAGGUCUGGCUAUAGCUGGCCUUUCGCCGUCUUGGGUGUUGUUGAAAUAAACAGACAACUCUACCCAAAGAGUAUUAUCCAUUUUCAAACGGCACUAAGAAUAUCACCUAAUGAUUACCAGUGCUGGGUGGGCUUAGGUGAAAGCUAUUAUAACUCAGGGAGAUAUAUUGCAGCGACCAGAGCAUUCCGGAAUGCGCAAUCAUUGGAAUGCACUUUGCCGGAGUCUGAACGUGGACAAAUAUGGUAUUCUAAGUAUAUGAUGGCGAAUUUAGAAAGAGAGCUGGGGAAUUACGCGCAAGCAAUAACGAUGUACGAAGAUGUCACGCAUCUGAGAAUUGAGGAGUUUGGGGUAUCUGUUGCAUUGCUACAAACUCUAACUGAGAGUGCAUGGAAGGCAGUUGAGUCCGGAUUUUUCGGGGAAGCCACUGAAACAGCGAAGCGAGCAAUCGAGACCGGCUUAUCUGUUACAAAUUAUCACCCUAACGGAUUCAACUUAUGGAAGUCAAUUGGCGAUGCCUUCUCUAUAUUUUCCUGGGUAAGCAACAAGUCAUCAUCAUAUAUACCAAUCGCGCCGUUUAGGGCAGUGCUCAAAAUGACCUGCGACAUUACCGCUUUCAAUAUUCUUUCCAACCUUGACGGAAUUGGGGAGAACUUUGAUACGUUGUUUGAAAGUUUGCUGGGUAGUAACGAAACGGCCCAGUUGAUCGCCAUAUAUUCAACUAUUCUAGCCUUCAAGUAUGCGCUAUCUGCUACCGCAAAAGAUACCCACGCUCAGGCAUUAGCCUGGUAUAAUCUAGGUUGGGCUGAGUAUAGAGCUCACAUGCAACGAUCAUCGUUAUUGAAAGGCCCAAGAAGUAAUAAGCGGACGGGCUUCAUUAAAGCCGCAACUCGGUGCUUUAAAAAGGCAAUCGAACUUGAAGCAGGCAAUGCUGAUUUUUGGAACGCACUGGGUGUUGCUACUGCGUCACAAAAUCCAAAGGUAGCCCAGCAUGCGUUUGUUCGUAGUCUUUACCUCAAUGAGCGGAAUGCAUUCGUAUGGGCUAAUCUUGGAGCAUUUUAUCUCCUAAACGAUGAUUAUCAAUUAGCAAAUGAAGCGUUCACUCGCUCGCAAUCUGCUGACCCAGACCACUCAAAUGCCUGGCUAGGCCAGGGACUAUUGGCCAUGCUUAUUGGAGAUGCAAUCGAGACACGGGAACUAUUUACACAUGCGUUUGGGCUAGGGAAUUCGAUUGGAGCUUUUGCAAAGCAGCAAUACGCCAUCACUAUGUUUGAUGAGAUCAGCACUAGCCCCGAAGCUACCCCAGCUCAACUACUCCAACCUUUAUUUGGCCUGCGUCAGCUGCGCUCCGUGGACCCUUCCGAACUAUCCCAUUACCAUCUCUCAUCACUUUUUGCGGAACGGACCGGAGACCUUGAAGACUGCAUCUCAGAUUUAGAGAUAGUGCGUUCAGGGGUGGAGGCAGCAUACGAGUCAACAGAGUCCAUCGGCUCACUGCUAAAGUACGCUCAAGCAUCUGCUGACUUGGCGCGAAUACAGCUGGGAAGCCUUGAAUAUAAAAAAGCUGCAGACAAUGCAGAAACAGCAUUGAAUCUGAUAGUAGAAGAAGGGAUACAUGAAUGCCAUAGUGGACUAUAUCAAGUGAUUAGACUAUCAGCCCAUUUAACAGCUGGCCUGGCAUUCUACUAUCUUGGUCGAAUGGAUGAAUCUAUUGAGAUGUUCCGUGAUGCAAUUGAAGGAGCUGAUAAUUCACCCGAUGUUACAUGUCUGCUUGCGCAGGUACUGUGGGCAAAGGGAGGAGACGAGGAGAGGCUAGUUGCUCGAGAACAGCUCUUUGAGUGUGUUGAAAAAUACCCAGAACACGUGGGAGCUAUCACUCUGCUAGGAGUCAUUGGCCUUCUAGAUAUGGAUGAGGACACCAUUGAGGCUGUAGAAUCAGAUCUUCAAGCCAUGAGGGCGAGGAGUGAUCUGAAUACUCACAGCAUCGGAAAAAUUGUGAAGUUGCUCGCAAGCAUUCCCGCUCUAAGAUAUGAGGCCAAAGUAGAGGCAACGCGCACCUCCGAAAUGCUGAAGCAAGCCGCGACGUCGGUAAUGAUAUCACCAAGCCAGCCACAAGGUUGGAUGGCCCUUUCUUCAGUGUCUACUGAAAAGUACGCAGCCGAAAUGGCUGUUCGAACAGCACUUGUCAACAUUCCGCCUCGUGGAAAGAUCAACGCCGAGGCUCUUUGCCAGGCAUAUUCACUGGUGGGGACAAGGAGAAGCGCAUUAAGCGGGGUUAUGGUAGCGCCUUGGUCUAAAAAUGGCUGGGACGAGUUGAUUCAAUGUUGUUCCUGA